GGCGCUCAAUCUCACCCUUUUCCUCCCUUCCCCUUGUGAGUAAGAAAUUGACAUAUCUGAUUUUUGCUAUUUCGAGUUAAUCCAAGUGACAGGAAGAGGACAAUGGGGAGGAAAAUUUUCGGAGACUUUUUCUUCUUCUUGUUCUAUGACUCUUGUUUCUGUAUAUCCUCGAAUUCGAAUUCAUCAGUUGAUGAAGGGUUAUAUAUAUGUUUACAUGUAUGUAUAUACACACAAUACUUAUUCUUCAUCUUCUUUUCUUCUCUUACCUUUCACCUAGAUCAAGCAUUUGCCCAAGAGCCCCCCAAAAAUAACCUUAAUUGAAAAACCAUUUUUACCCCAGGAUUCUUUAAUCGAACAUAAUUGGACCCUCAAUAUCUGCCAAAGAAUUCCAAUUUCUUCGGUUGCCCUAGUCUACCGGACAUAUUUACUUUUUGGAUAUUUUUACAUCAAAUCACAAAGGGAUUUGCCCUUCUUCAAGCAAGGCUCUCCAAUCGGAUUUUAAACAUCUUCUAUAUCCGUUCAUUUUCGAUCCUCCGAUCAUUUUAUUCUUUCCUCCGGUCUAAACACGGACGACGCAAUCCCGCCGAAUUCGUCCGUUGGCAAGGGUUGAAAUACAGCUCUACCCGCAGUACUGUGCAUUUUAAUAUAUAUUUCUGAUAGUAAUCAUUUAAAGAUUACUUCUUCAACUACUUGAACUACUUGAGGUACUUCUAAGAAGUCUUAUUCAUCAAGAGAAAAAUCACACCACGGGAUAUCAAAUGAUGACAGACGAAAAGUUACCACCUACUACGAGUGCUUCGAUUAGUUCUUCAAGCACCACUCACGAGAAGUCCGACGCGGAACAAGCGACUCUAGCACGCGAAGCUAUGAAGACAGAUGCUGAGUUGUCAGAGAAACCUUUGGGAAAGACACCUUCGGUUCAUGAUGGCGACAAUGAUAAUCCUAUAGAGUUGAAGAAGACCAAAAGCGCAGCAGAUAUACAGCAGGAGGAGUUGAAUAGAGUUCAUACAAGUGCAGAGGGUGUGGAAUAUCCAACCGGGGUUAAGUUACAGUUGAUUAGUUUGGCGUUAUGUUUAUCCGUUUUCUUAAUGGCUUUGGAUAACUCUAUUAUUGCAACGGCUAUUCCCAAGAUUACUGAUCAGUUUCACUCGUUGAACGAUGUUGGGUGGUAUGGAUCUGCAUACUUACUCACUACUGCUUCCUUUCAACUACUUUUUGGAAAAUUCUACUCAUACUUCUCGAUAAAAUGGGUUUACCUUGUUGCAAUUGCUAUCUUCGAGCUCGGCAGUUUGAUCUGUGGUGUUGCACCAAAUUCAAUUGCGUUGAUCAUUGGUAGAGCUAUUGCUGGCUUGGGUAGUGCUGGAAUCUUCUCCGGUGCUUUGAUCAUUGUCGCAUAUUCAGUUCCAUUAGUUAAGAGACCCAUGUAUACUGGAUUGAUUGGAGCUAUGUAUGGUAUUGCCUCUGUUGCUGGACCUCUACUUGGAGGUGUAUUCACUGAUAAAGCAACUUGGCGUUGGUGCUUCCUGAUCAAUUUGCCAAUUGGAGCUGUUACCGUUCUUGUCAUUUUGAUUUUCUUCAAGGCUCCUGAUAGAGAAGCUGUUGCAGUCCUUCCAUGGAGUGAACGCAUAAAAGAAUUCGAUCUUCUCGGUACCGCAUUCUUCAUCCCAGCUAUCAUCUGUCUAUUGCUCGCACUUCAAUGGGGUGGAACAAAAUAUCCUUGGGGCAAUGGACGCAUCAUCGCACUUUUUGUACUCUUCGGAGUAUUGAUCGGAAUAUUCAUCGCCAUCCAAUUUUGGAAAGGAGAUAGCGCCACUGUACCACCAAGCAUCAUGAAGAAGCGAAGCAUGUGGUCUGCUGCAUGGUUCUCCUUCUGUCUCGGAUCAUACUUUCUUCUUUUGAUCUACUAUCUUCCUAUUUGGUUCCAAGCGGUCAAGGGCGAUUCGGCCGUCAAAUCUGGUAUUUCUAACAUACCAAUGGUUUUGACUUUGGUCAUUGUCAGUAUCAUCUCCGGUGCUCUUGUCACAACAAUCGGUUAUUAUGCACCACUCAUGAUCGUUUCAUCAGUUAUCGCAUCGAUUGGAAUCGGUCUCUUGACCACCUUCAAGCCUGAUACCAAUCACGCUGCCUGGAUCGGUUACCAAUGUCUCGCAGGUAUCGGUAUUGGUUUUGGCAUGCAACAGCCUCUUAUAGCCUGCCAAACCGUGCUCGACAUUUCUCAAGUGCCAACCGGUACUUCUGUCAUUAUUUUCGUUCAAACACUCGGAGGAGCUCUGUUCGUCUCCAUUGGUCAAAAUGUUUUUACAAACAAACUUGCCCAAAAUUUGGCACAUUAUGUACCGGAUCUGAAUCCAGCAGUCGUUUUGACUACAGGUGCUACUAGUAUUCAAAAAGAUAUCGCACCAGAAUAUUUGGCUGGUGUGACAAUCUCUUAUAACAAUGCGUUGACGCAAUCAUUCUUGGUGGCUGCGGUCAUGGCUGCGCUUACCAUUAUUGGCAGUGUGUUCAUUGAAUGGAAGAGUGUUAAGGGAAAGAAAAUCGAAAUGGCUGCUGCUUAAUUGCUGAUUUGAACUGGAUUUCAAUAUCAACGUUGAAACUUUAAGGUUAGAGCUUGCAGUUUAGAUCAUGCGGGAUGGAGAUGAUGGUCUUUUUUUGGAUGUGCUGCAUUUUUUUGCGUUGUACGAUAUACCCCUUUGGCGUUUGGAAAGACAGAUUUGGCCACAUGAAUAUGAUAGCAUUUAUGAGGUGUAAUGAAGGCAGUUCACUCCACUCCUUAUACUUGUAUGACACAUGAGAUAGGGCUCAAGUGUCUGAAACGUUGAAAGAUUCGAUAGAUAAACGGAUGAAUGCAAAGAUGGAUGAUGAUGAAACAUGGAAUAUGUACAAAUGGAGAGAUAGAUGAAGGGGGUAACAACCAACUCUACUACUUACUUUAAUUCAUAGAAAAAGAUUUUAAUCUUA